AUGUCCCCCACUGUAAAUUAUUUCCUUUUCAAAUUUCGCCUGUCUUCCACCCUCGCCUUAUCAUCCCUCUCGGCUCAAGCUUUAUGUUGCAAAUCCCUCCAAAAUUAUGCAAAUCGCGCAUUACAGAACACAAAUCCCUUCAUAUUUGUUGGUUUCGAAUCGAGUGGUGUGGGAGAGAAAAGAGAUCAACCGAAUGGUCAUCUGAAGGCGAUCGGAUUCAGGAAGCGGCGAGGAGCGGUGGGGGGAAGGAAGGAAGAGCCUUCGGAUCUGGUUUUGCCUCGGCUUUUCUCCCAUUUUUUGUGGUCGCGCCACCGCUUUCAUAAAGCCCCCUUCUCGUUCGUCGCAAUGCCGAAAAACCUGACCGCAGCGCCAAGGUUUCGUCAAAAUAAGAUGUAAUACUUUGGAGGGGGCGAGAGCUGGAUUGCGUUGCGGAGUUGCGCCGAGAGGCUUCAAGGAGUUUUUUUUUGAUCUUUAAUUUCGGGCAAACGUAGGGACAAGAUGACAUAGAGGGUGUUGUGACAUGCAUAGAGGGUGGAGAUGAUGAUGGGUUGAAGACUGGUUACGUGAGGAUGACAAGUCGCAAAUGGCGAUCAUUUUCGUGGGGUUUAUUGGUCAGUGGGUUUCGUAACUCUUCCAGGAGUUUUAUUUUGAAGUGAAGUACUCGUGUAGACGUUCUUUUUAAACGUAUUUUGACUUGACUUGCAAGGGAACGACCCCAAGUACAACGCUCAGAUUUUCUUUAAAUUUUACACACAUGUAAUGCAUAGGCCGCACAUCAAUUCCUGAAAGUUUUAACUCGCGCUUUGCAGGCGUAGUCAAGUAUUGAACGAUUUUUUGGCCGGGAGAGUACGGGAAAUGCGGAGAGCGGUCACAGAGAAGACCCCUUUUGGCCAUAUCUUUGCCAGUUCUGCCCAGAAAAAAUUGUUUUUUUGUGAAAAUAUUACUCUAUACGGUAGAAAGAUUAUCAGUUGAUUAGUGACCUAUGUAGACCAAAGGCUCAAAAUUUAAAGAAAAUAUGAGCGUCACACCUCGUGUACGUGAGAGAUGGAUAAAAAUUGUUUCUGUAGAAUCCCCCGGACCUUUCGCGACCCAAAAUUUUCUUUUGAAUGGGAUCUUCGACCAGCUUGGAGACAGUUUUCGCGUUCCCGAUGAUCUCUACAAAGGAAACAGUUUCUUUUCAUUCAUAAAGUUUUGAAUUUUCGAUAUUUUUUCCGUCAACUCGUGAUCAAUACUUAUACAGUGACGAACCCGAUACAAUGGCAAAAAACAUACCAUUUUGCAUCCGGAAAGCAUGAAAAAUGUGGCAAAAUACCUCCCUCUUCAAGUGAAAAAACUUCGUUUUGAAGGGCGCGCUUUUGAAAUCGGAGUUUUUUCACUUGGAGAGGGAGGCAUUUUGCCACAUUUUUGAUACUUCCCGCUCACCAUGUGAAAAAAAACUUCAUUUUGAAGGGCUCCUUCACAAAAAGAGACAUGUUUGAUACUCCCCGGAUGCAAAAUGGUACUUUUUUUGCGACUGGAACAGGUCCCCAACUAUACUUAUACUGUACGUAAACUGAUCUCUGCCUCAAUCUCAACUUAAUACUUUUUUUUAAACUUCUUUGAUCAAGUCCGCCACAGCUAAUCAAUUGUCGUCGCGGUUCCGAAAAGACCACUCCUUCCGCUGUAGUUUUACACAAAAGCCGACAAAGCCGGAAAAUUACAACUAAUUCUGUCCGAAUUUCCGUACAAGUGAGAGUUUACAAAAAAAAAACAUUUAAUUACGUGAGUCAUCAAUUCGCUCUGACAUUUACUCGUCCUCCGUCGAUCUUCAAAUUGGCUGGAAUUGUGGUCGAAUUGAAAGAACGGGGAGUGAAAAGUAACGAAAAAAACAAAACGGAUACAUUUGAAGGAGUAGCGGAGAUCUACAGUUUUGAUUCCUUCAGAAUUAAGUCAUGGCGUAAAGCAUUCAGAAUGUUUUGGUUUACCGUAAAUGCUUGUAUAGGAGCAUUUACCUGAAGACAAUGUAAGUCUCGAUGUCUGAGCACAGCUCUGUGAGAGGCUUGUUCUGAUUUUCUUAGGUUUUCCAACAAAUAAUGACCCUCUGAGAGAGGGGCAAAGUUUAAAGUCUCUAAAAAAGGCAAUCGAUGAUGGAAUUUCGAAAUAUUAUACCAUUUUGUAGCUGAGAUCUCAGGCUUUCGUUUGAUGUAUCGUUUGCCAUAUUGGGACCAAAUUACAGUAAUUUAGCCCUAAUCUAAAAUUAUCUAAGGUUCCAAGACGCCCUUGAAAAGGCCUUCAAAAGUUUCAUCGGCUCCAGAAGCCGGGGUUCCUAAGCUACAGACAUAAAAAAGCUUUUGGCACAUUGUAACGAGCGUGAUAAAGCACAUGAUAAUUAUUUUGAUUAAAUAGAUCGCAGUUAUUACGGUAAAUUUUGCCGAAAAAAUAAAUUUUUCGAAGAGGGUCAUUAUUUGUUGGACAACCUAAUACAAGGGAAGUACCCCAAGUGCGACCCUCAGAUUCUGAUGAAGCUUGGCACAAAUUUAGAAUAGUUUUUUCUAAAAUGUAUGCGAGAAUCCUAGCUCGUGCUUUGCAGAAACAACCGAGAUUUUUAGAUCGAAAGUUGGCGAAAAUUUGACACUUUUUUCCGACUUUCGGCACGAAAAGUUUCAUACCUAUUACUACCGUGAAGGGUAACGUUUCGACAAAAAAUCAAUUUUUUCCGCACAAAAAUAGCAAAGUUAUGGCCAAAAAGUGUUUUUUCUCUCUAACCGCUCUCCGCGCUUAGCGAACUCUUACGGCCGCAAAGAUCGCUGAAUAUCUCGGCUGCGCCUUCAAAGCGCGAGCUAAAACUUUGAGGAAUUGACACUUAAUUUAUGACUGACGUGUGUCCAAAAUCUAAAGAAAAUCUGAGCGUCGCACUUGGGGUACUUCCCUUGUUAGUGCUUUCCUAGAGAGCCAUCGGAUUUUCAGGUCCUUCCAAGUGUGACGCUCAUAUUUUCUUCAAAUUUUGCACCCACGAUGAAUUAAGUUUCAGUUCAUGAUUUUUUAGCCCACGUUUUGCCGGGAGAGCUAGGUCGCGUACUCUCCGCCGAGAGAGUACGCGAAACGUGGAGAGCGGUCAGAGAGAUACCCACUUUUCGGCCGGAUCUUUGCAGGUUUUGCGCGGAAAAAAAUAAUUUUUUGUGGAAACAUUACCCUCUAGGGUAGAAAAAGGUGUGAAAUUUUUCAUGACAAAAUUCGCCAAAUAGCAUAACAUUUGUGACAUCAUUCAACCUAAAGAAUCCCGGUUGUUUAUGCAUAGCGCGAAAUAGAAUUUGGUGUCUAUGUUAGGAAGGAUUAAUUUUGAAUUUUUUCAUAUUAAUAAAAAUCUCUUUGUCUACAGCACCAAUGACGACAGAAAUAAUUGUAGUGACAUUUUCAACGAUAAGACCCGUUUUUUAAGCUGAAAUUAAUCACCAGUGCUGCAGAUUUCCUAAUCCUUUGUGGCUCACAAAACCUCGGCUAUUACUCAAACAGCUCUGACUAAUCUUUCGAAACGCAUUUCAUUUCUUUGGAGCUAACAACAACCCGGUAAUUCACCUGAAUCUCCAUGGGAUUUGUUCCAAAGAAAAUGCCGUCAGUUGAAAAAUGAAAACCAUCUUUUCGCGAGACCUCAACUAUGCAUUGCGGAUUGUAUAUCUACAAUUUCCCGAGCUCUUCUUUACUAUUUUUUGUACAAUUUUAUAUCUUUAUUAUUUCGUUACAGAGAAUACAGUAAUUUCCCAAAGGUUUGACAAAUUGCAGGCCUGUGGUUUGCGCCGUUGUACGGCACCGAAACAAGUUUGCGUAAUCAGGAAUACAACAGACAGGAGAAGGAAGUAAGGAAAUGCAUAUUUUUUAGGAUAUUGCCAGAGGCAAUGGAAGUUAGGGAGAGUAGAAGAAAUACUUUUGUAGCUAGAGCUUCCAAGGAAACGUUUCAAUUGCAAAGUUAACGCAGUUGAUAUGUGGCUAACAAAUCCAGAAUAUUUUGGCCAGAACUCUGUAGGUGUAGAUAUUCAACGAUUUUCCAGCUAAAAGACCAUGGAAAAUGAUGAGAAAUCCCACAGAAAAGUGCUUUUUGGCAAUACAUGGUGCUCUUAUAUUGCCAAAAAUUUCAAACUUACUUCAUUUUUGGCCUACAUGAAAUUUUGUGGCCUACUUCAAAAUGUCGUCUGCCUACGUGAAAAAAUUUCAUGUGGGCCAAAAAAAAUUUAUUUUUGCAUACAGGAAAAAAAACCACCUAUGCCAAAAAAAUAAUUUUUUUUUGCCUAGGUUAAAAAAACAAAAAUUUCAUGUAGGCCAAAAAUGAAGUAAGUUUGAAGCUUUUUGGAAUAAUAUAAGGCACCUCUUUUAUUUUUUUUUAAUUUUUUUAUUGGAAAGGUGUGCUCCAGGCAUCAAAAAAGACCGAGUUUUUGAUGGAAAUUUUCGAAUUUUCUGAAAUUUUCGGCCUAAAAAUCUUGAAAAGCGCCAGCGAAAAACCUCAUUUAUCUCCUAAAAAGUUCCAGUAAAUUUUCUAAAUUAAAAAUUUUUAAUAAUUUCAAAGUUUCAAAAUUCAUUUUUUGCAAACUUUGAUCUUUAAAAUUCUCUUCGAAAACUCAAGGACAGAAAGAAUAACCUCUCUCCCCCCGAUUACCUAACCUCCACCGAGUUUUCAGCCCGCAAGUCUUUGGAACGGCUGUUUUCGUUGAAAGCGCAAGCUCCGCCCCCCUUGGAACGUCCUCCAAACACGAGAAGAGCGGCGAAGAUGCAGCUGAAUUGGGAGCAACUUUUCAGCAUCCUCUUGGCGGGCUGCCUGAUCGUCGAAGCCUUCGGUUACGAGGCGUUGGCCGUCGCCGCAAUGUGCGUCUGGAUUUGGGCCCGUUACGGGGACUUUCUGCACAGAUCCUACAUCACUUUGGACCGGGACCUGAGGUGCGACAUUUAAAAAAAUUUUUUUUUUUUUUUUUUUUUUUUUGGAAAUUUGGCCUAAAUUAAUUGCAAAAAACAAAAAAAUCAUGUCAGGGCUCAAAAAAAAAUUUUUUGUUUUUCACAAUUACUAUUACUUCGGUUGUUAUGGCGAAAAUUUUGUAAAAUCAAAAGUUUUGCAGUCUGUCGGGAAAAUAAUGAGCAUAAUUCCGAUGCGUCAUUAUUAUCAUUUCCCGUCGCUGAAGUGAAAAGCAAGUUGAUUUUGUCGCAUCACAAUUAAUUUUCGCCGCGAUUCGACAGACUGUUCAUUAUUUUCCCGACAGAAAAUCGGUCAAUUUUUAACCUUUAUUCCUCACGUUUUAUCACUCAAAAAAACCCCGAUGAUUUUUGGCGCCUUCGAAAGGCCUAUUGGACCGUCCAACCAUAGCUCAGUUGGUAGAGCGGAGGACUGUAGUUCAGCGGAAAUCCUUAGGUCGCUGGUUCGAAUCCGGCUGGUUGGAAUUUCUUUUUUAUUUUUUUUUUUUUUUUAGCUUUUUGGAUAUCACAAAUCAUCUUUUUUGUUUUCUAAGCAAUUGCUAUGCCCUUGGAAUCUUAAUUUUUGGACUUUUAUAGGCUUUUUUGGCUCAAAUUAUGCGAAAAAUAGGAUAACAUGACUAAUAUUGUCUUUUUUCAGCGGUCUAAAGCUCCUUCUGGAUGUCAAAUCAGAUUUGUUCCGACAGAGUAAACGGAACCGUCCACUGCAUGAGAUUUUCCUCGACAUUUGCCGCAAACAUCCGCAAAAAUCGGCAAUAAUCGAAGUCAACACGGAGCGACAAGUGACGUUCGAGGAGCUGAAUCUGUUGGCCAAUCGUUAUGCCAAUUAUUUUCAGGUAAAUUUUGAAAUUUUUAGGCUAUUUUACUUUUGAAAAAGCUACUAUGUCAACUCUAAUAUCCCAUUUCAGCGAUUAGGCUACAAAAAAGGCGAUCCGAUCGCGCUUUUUAUGGAAAAUUCGAUUGAUUUCGUCGCCGCAUGGCUUGGUUUGUCCAAGAUUGGAGUGGUGACGGCGUGGAUCAACUCGUCGUUGAAGUCCGAGCAGCUGGCGCACUGCAUUCAAACUUCCAAAACGAAUGCAGUGAUCUGCUCGAAAAGCUUGGCUAAAGGUAAGCGCAUUCUAAGAUCAAAAAAGCUUUUAAAAAUGCGAAUAUCGAAGAAAAUUUCGUGCAGAAGACGCUUCUGUUUAUCUCUGUAGGAAUAAAUCUGAUUUGACAUCCAAAAAAAGCUUUUGACCGCUGGAAAAAAGACAAUAUUAGUAAUUUUACCCUUCUUUUCGACUAAUUUGAGAGAAAAAAAAGACCAUAAAAGUCCAAAAACUAAGAUGCCAAAGACAUAGCAAUUGCUUAGCAAACAAAAAAACAUGAUUUACAUUAUCAAAAAAGUGAUAAAAAAGAAAUUCCAACCAGCCGGAUUCGAACCAGCGACCUAAGGAUUUCCGCUGAACUACAGUCCUCCGCUCUACCAACUGAGCUAUGGUUGGAUGGUCCAAUAGGAUUUUAGAAGGCGCCAAAAAUCAUCGGGGGUUUUUUUGGUGAUAAAAAGUGAGGAAUAAAGGAUAAAAAAUUGAGCGAUUUUUUCUUGGAUUUUUUUUUCAGUCUUCGAAUUUUUUUUUGUCGUAACAGUUUUUCCAAACAAUUCAUGAAACCAAGUUUUGGCAGAAUUUUUAGAAAUUCGUUAUCAAAAUUAAAGCCCUCAAAUUCAUUUACUAGGCCUUCUUGAAAGUCGUCGGAGUGAUUUUUAACGUUUGCACAGUGCAAGAAAAUUCAGGGUGCGAGAGACAGCCCAAAAAACAGCUUAAAAAAGCCAAAAAAAGCCUAUUGCACGGUGCAAAAAACAAUAAAUUGCACAAUGCAAAAAAAAUUGUGCUUUUUCACAGUGCAUGUCGCAAAAGUCGCUCCAGCGACUUCAUAUAGCUCCAGAUUUCAUUCCGAACGGACUAUCAUACAGCCAAAAUUUUCAGUUUUGGCCACAGCCAAGUCGGAAGGCCAUUUGGAUCCCACAAUCGAGCUGAAUUUUUACAUUUGUGACCUUGGCGACAAAUCACCAUUAGAUCCCAAAUUCGCAGCACCGGAAUACACCCAUCUGACCCCGCUUUUGGAGGAGCAAUCAAUUGAGGAGCCGGCCAAAGUGGACGGAGUCGAUUUUCAGUCAGUUUUGUGCUUUAUCUACACCAGUGGAACCACUGGCAUGCCGAAAGCAGCAGUAAUGAGGGGAUUACGGUAGGUUUUUUCUAACAAGAAAGUACUACUUGCCCAAAAAAAUUAAAAAUUAAAUUUUUGGGCAUUUUUGGAAGAAAAAACUUUUAUAAAACAAAAAAAAGAGAAUUUUUUUACAAGGAAAGUAGGAUUUUUCGUCUCAAGUAAAAUAAUUUUUGCAAUUUUUUGGGUCGCCAAAUUGUGUACUGUAAUAAAAUGUCCAUAUAAUGAAUUUUUAAGAAAGAUGGACCUUGUUUUAGACAUCAAAAACCAAAAAAAUAAAUAAUAUCUUUCCAAAAUUUUUGCAAUUUUUUUGAAUGGAAAGUACUUCUAUGAGGUAUGGAGUUACAGGUCGAGAGAUAUAUCAAAAAAAUCGCAAAAUUUUUCUGAUUCAGAAUAUGUAAAAAUUAGCUGUCCAAUUUUUGUUUGUAAGGGCGAAAAAACCCGUAAAAGCUUUUCUCGCAACACCACGCAAACGCCUUUUUGACCAAGUUUUUACCAAUCCAAAAGCUUCGCUUUGAGCUAAAGUAAACCUGGUAUUAUGACGAGCCUUGAAAUAUUUGAUUAAUACUACACCUUAACAGUAGUUCCAAAGUAAAAAAGGGGCAUUUGCGUGGUGUUGCAAGAAAAUUUCUGAGGGUUUUUUGGCCCAUACAAACCAAAAUUCGGCAGCUAGUUUUUACAUAUUCUGAAUCAGAAAAAAUUUUCGAUUUUUUUGAUAUAUGUCUCGACCUGUAACUCCAUACCCCAUAGAAGUAUUUCCCUUGUAAAAAAUUUCUAUUUUUUUUUGUUUUUUAUAAAAGUUUUUUUUCCAAAAAACGCUCAAAAAUAAAAUUUUUAGAUUCUACUCGAUGGCUGUGGGCGCAGCCAAAGCGUUCAAAGUGUCUCCGGAGGACCGGAUUUACAUCUCGAUGCCUUUAUACCACACUGCCGCAGGCAUUCUGGGAAUGGGCCAGACAAUUUUACGGGGAUCCACAGCGGUUAUUCGGCCCAAAUUUUCGGCCAGCAACUUCUGGAAGGACUGUAUUAAGCACCAGUGUACUGUAAGUUUUAAAAAAAAUUUUUUUUUAAUUUGAUAAAAAAACUUUUUAAUUUAAUAAAAAAACAUUUAUUUUUGUAUCACUAAUGAAUUGAAAGUUGCAUAUUUUACAACAAAAAAACAAUCACUGUUAAACUUUAGGCCUCUCAGUACAUUGGCGAAAUUUGUCGCUACCUCCUGGCCCAGCCUCCAAGUCCAGAGGAAAAACUGCACAAAGUCAAAUUGAUGUAUGGAAAUGGCCUUCGCCAAGAAAUCUGGCAAGAUGUGGUGGACCGAUUUGGCGUCCGAAUCGGAGAACUUUACGGAUCUACCGAAGGAACAUCGAAUUUGGGUGAGUUUAGGCUUUUUUAUAGUUAAAAAAAAACUAAUUUUUUGUCGAAACUAGUACAAAAAAUAUAAAAAUGUGUUGAAUAAAACUCGUAAAUUAAUUUUUACCUACAAAUUUCACUGAAUUUACUAUUUUUGCUACCAUUUUUACUCAAAUUUCCCCAGUUUUUCUUCCAAAUUUAUUUAUUCGCACCGUUUUCCUCUUCCCAAAAGAGAGCGGGGAAGAAAAAAGCACUUCGGAGCGUGCGCCAUGAUAGCUCAGUUGGGAGAGCGUUAGACUGAAGAUCUAAAGGUCACCGGUUCGAUCCCGGUUCGUGGCAUUUUUUGAGUUUCGCGACUUUUUACCCAAAGAGGAAAGCCAUCCGUAUUUUACAUUGCAUUUUUUGAUUAAUAAACGGCAUUUUACCACAUUUUCGAGGGUUUAAUUUCGUUAAUUUGAAGAAGAAAUAUUUUUUUACAUAUUUUCUACAGUUUUGCCCUAAAAUUUGCUUUUCAGUCAACAUUGAUGGCCAAGUUGGCUCCUGUGGAUUCCUGCCUAUCUCCCCUAUUACCUCCAGACUCCAUCCAGUGCGAUUAAUCAAAGUCGACGAGGCCACCGGCGAAGUUAUCCGCGGCGACGACGGGCUUUGCAUUCCCUGUAGGCCAGGGGAAACUGGAGCGAUGGUCUCGACGAUUCGUCGCGGCAAUCCAUUGCUCAAUUUCGAAGGCUAUUUGAAUCAAAAGGAGACGAGCAAAAAAGUGCUGUCCGACGUUUUCCGAAAAGGAGAUCAAGUUUUUGUGUCAGGUGAGGAAGGGUGAUAUAAUUGCUAAAAAAAAGUCACAAUUCCUCUGAACCGAUAGAUCUAUCUGUUCUAAGGGACUUUAGAGACCUUUUUCUACCCUAAUAUACCAUCUAAACCACCCAUUGCUAUGCAGUGGGUGAUCUGAUCCAGUGGCAAAAAACGUAUCAUUUUGCAUCCGGGAAGUAUCAAAAAUGUGGCAAAAUGCUUUCCUCUCCAAGUGAAAAAACUUCGUUUUGAAAAGCGCGCCCUUUUUCCUCACAAAAAAAGCGGGCGUGCUUUUGAAAUCUGAUUUUUUCACUUGGAGAGGGAGGUGUUUUGCCAUAUUUUUUUAUGCUUCCUGGAUGCAAAAUGGUACGUUUUUUUGCCACUGGACCAGGUCCCCCACUGUAUACCAACUAUGGCUCUAAUAAAUCGCAAUUUUCAGGCGAUAUUCUCCAUUGGGACCGGCUUGGCUACGUCUAUUUCCGAGACCGGACCGGAGACACUUUCCGAUGGAAGGGCGAAAACGUCUCAACUACCGAAGUCGAGAAGGCCUUCUAUGGCUCUUUGGAGCUUCGAAAAUGCAUUUCCGACGUCACCGUGUAUGGAGUUCGAGCUCCCAGAACCGAGGGUCGGACUGGAAUGGCGGCUAUUGUCAAAAAUCAGGAUUCCGGGAUCUCGGACGAGGCAAGACACUUAUUUUGGAUUAAAAAUCGUGUUGUUAUUCGAUAUUUGAUUUGAUUUUUCAGGAAAUGGUUGAAAAAAUUGCCGACCAUCUCAAAGAUCGAUUGGUGGGACCGGCCAUUCCCACCUUCCUGCGUCUGUGUAGUGACGUUCAGAAGACAGGUGAGCUUUUUUUAGCCCUCUAGACUACACUUCUAAUACAGUGGGGGACCUGAUCCAGUGGCAAAAAACGUACCAUUUUGCAUCCUGGAAGCAUCAAAAAAUGUGGCAAAAUACCUCCCUCUCCAAGUGAAAAAACUCCGAUUUCAAAAGCGCGUCCGCUCUUUUUGUGAGGAAAAAAGUUUUUUCGCUUGGAGAGGGAGGCAUUUUGCCACAUUUUUGACACUUCCCGGAGGCAAAAUGGUGCGUUUUUGCCACUGGAUCAGGUCCCCCACUGUACCUUACACCUUUCGAAAUUACAAAAAACCAAUAUCAAGUCAACGAAAUGUCAACUUUCCCUGUGCUGAUAAAACAUUCCGUAAACAUAAUCUGUCGUAUUUUAGGAACCUUCAAGCUUAUAAAAACGCAUCUACAAAGCCUGGGGUUGGAUGCCAACGACAAUGAUCGAUUAUUCGUCCUCCAUCAAGGUGCCUAUGUUCCAUUCGACGCCGAAAAGCGACGACAAUUGGACGAUGGAACGCUUGGGUUGUAA